AUGCAGUACCUUAUUAUUGGAGCACUGUGCCUUCCAGCAAGUUUUGCGCUGGAAUUUUCUGUAGUUUCCGAAUCCUCUUCUCAUGGUCCUCCAGAUGUCUGUUCUGACGAACUUUACGCAUUCCAUACAUCAACAAGCUCAUGGGAGUACGUGUACCCCCGCGGCGACUCUCCUUCUGCAAGGGGAGGCGCCUCGCUGAACGCGGUCCGUGGCUCUUUGAUCCUCUUUGGGGGAGAAUCUAACGACGGAACGUACAAUGACAUCUACAAAUUUGAGUCGCGCAGCGGCCAUGCUUCUGCUUCGGACGGCGAAAAGAUCUAUAUUUUUGGAGGUUUCAAUGAAGCAAGUCACUUGUUAAGCCCUUCUCUUUCUGUAACUAAUCUCGAGAGCAUGGUGCGUCUCACAGGCCACAGUGCAGUGAGGAACGGAAGCGAUACAGUCUGCAUCCGCUUCCAUUCCUACUGCUGCAGCGACGUUUGGCGCCUCGAUGCAAGAAGCUACACAUGGACACUUCUCUCUGCUGGCGACCCAAAGUUUGCGCCUCGUGAACGGCAUGGAGCAGUUAUCUUAAGCGGUGUGGGAUGUGAGAUCGACAUCUUGGGUGCAGAGGAACGGGCUAGGAGAGCACAGGGGGCGAAGCGGCUACCUCACGAGCACCCGACACCGGAUCUCUCCGCUCUUAUGAAUUCAGACCUUAGAGAGCAGACAAUGGCGAUUUGGAGGGAUAUUGUUCGAGAAGCAGGAGGGGUAAGGUCAACAAGCAUGGAAAUCCUAGGACGCCCACAAAGGCGUAUACUUCAGAGCUUGCCUCCCGCUGGCCAAAUCGGAGAGUUGCGUGGCUCUGCUUCCGUUGAAGGAUUUGGUAAGGCAGCUGACUCUAGGGAAGGUGGCCUUAACCCCAGCCAACGGACGUGCUUCUCUAUCAUGGAUAACAUUCAUCGCCCACAGCUUCAGGAGGACCUCUCCACUGGAGCCUCAACUGGCCUGAGGCCAAACUGCCAUGUACGUCAUUUAAUUUCUUAUGCUCUGAGUAUUUGCCUAUUAAAGAAUGUAAUCCCAGCCGUAGCGGAGAUCAAAGAAGCACUACAAGCGUUGACAGACGAACUGCAGGAAGGAUUGCCAUCCAUUUCUGGCUCUGUAAGAGCUGCGAUGGCGCCUGUAUCCCUUGCCGUCGGGCUCGGCACACUCUACGGAAUGUACAGAGUCAACAGAUCCAGACUCUAA